GCUGAAAGAUUUGGCGAAGAAGUUUCGAGAAAGAAGAAGAAGAAUUGUGCCCUUUUUUCUCGAAACUUCUUCGCCAAAUCUUUCAGCUUUUGAUCCGAAAAUUUCUUACACCAAUCUUCCCAUUUUCCUCUUCAGCAACAAUGUCAUGGUACAGAAGAACAAAACUCGUGUUCGACACCUUACGCCGUAACAUAAAUCCGAAGAUUCUACCUCGAUCUCGUAAUCAUGUUCCUUCGAAAACCAAUCCAACUGGGUCUUCUUCUAAUCCAACCUCUAAUUUCUCUGGGUUCUCUUCAAUUCCUUCGCUAGGGUUAAGAUCAUACACAUCAUCACUCGGCCAAAACACGAACAGAAUCGCGUACAACCCGUUUCUGAGUCUACCCAAGAGACAUUACUACGUUGAUCGAUACCAAGUUCGUCACUUUAAGCCACGAGGACCAAGGAGAUGGUUUCAAAACCCUAGAGCAGUAUUGACGGUGACCCUCGUUGGUUCCGCCUCUCUAAUCACUUUGUAUUUCGGGAAUUUAGAAACGGUUCCUUACACAAAGAGAACACAUUUCAUCCUCUUGUCGAAACCUAUGGAGAAACGUCUCGGUGAAGCUCAGUUUGAGCAGAUUAAAAAACAGUACAAGGGUAAAAUCCUACCUGCGAUUCAUCCUGAGAGCAUUAGGGUUAGGUUGAUAGCUAAAGAGGUGAUUGAUGCGUUGCAGAGAGGUUUGAGUAAUGAGCGUGUUUGGACUGAUUUAGGGUAUGCUUCUACGGAGACUAGUGAUAAUAAGGGAGUGAAGGAGACUGCAAUUGCUAUGAGUGGUGGUGAAGAAGAGACUUUGACUGAUAUGAAAUGGUCUAAAGAAGAUCAGGUUCUUGAUGAUAGUUGGAUUCAACAAAGCAGGAAGAAAGAUUCACAUGCUCAUUCAGCUACCUCUCAUCUUGAAGGGAUUAAUUGGGAGGUUCUUGUGGUUAAUCAGCCUGAUGUUAACGCGUUUUGUAUGCCGGGUGGGAAGAUUGUGGUGUUUACUGGUCUGCUUAAUCAGUUCAAGUCAGAUGCUGAAGUUGCCACUGUGAUUGGGCAUGAGGUUGGCCAUGCGGUGGCUCGACAUAUAGCUGAGGGAAUAACGAAGAACUUAUGGUUUGCAAUCCUUCAACUGGUGCUCUAUCAGUUUGUCAUGCCUGAUCUUGUGAACACUAUGUCUGCCCUUUUCUUGAAGCUUCCUUUCUCCAGAAAGAUGGAGAUGGAAGCAGAUUAUAUAGGUUUGUUAUUGCUUGCAUCUGCGGGAUAUGACCCACGAGUAGCUCCCACAGUGUAUGAGAAGCUGGGAAAGCUCGGUGGAGACAAACUCGGAGACUAUCUAUCAACACAUCCCUCGGGGAAAACGAGGUCAAAGCUUUUGGCUCAAGCACAUGUGAUGGAAGAAGCACUAAUGAUCUAUAGAGAAAUCCAAUCAGGUCGCCAAGGCAUAGAAGGCUUUCUUUAGCCUUUCUCUACUCAUCUUUCAGCUUGCGUCUGUACAUUAUGUGCCCUCCAGCUUUCAUGUUAUGUUAGUAUGUUCUUAUCUUUAUAUUGAUUAAUGCAAUUAAAAGUGAUUCUGAUUGAGACAUAUAGUUUAAUAGUUUGGUGA